AUGACCGAGGUAUCCUCCACACGCCUUUACCUAGGCAAUCUCCCCCGCAAUGCCACCAAGGCAGAAGUCGAAACCCACUUCCAGACCCAUGGCACCGGCGAAAUCACCGAGAUAAAGCUCAUGAACGGCUUUGGUUUCAUCGAGUACAAGGACGCCAUGGAUGCGCGUGACGUCGUUCCUGAUGGCUCUGAUUUCAUGGGCGAGCGCCUGAUCGUCCAGUUUGCGCGUGGAUCCCGUCGCAACGAGAAUUUCACCCCUCACGAGCGAGUACCACCGCGUCCUCGUCGCACUCCCUACCGGAUGAGAAUAACAAACCUUCCGGUGGAGACCAGCUGGCAGGAUCUUAAGGACUUUGCCCGUCAAUCUGGUCUGGACGUCGUCUACUCUGAAGUUGGACGUGAGCGUGAUGGCACUGGUUUCGUCGAAUAUGAGACGGCCGCCGACUUGAAGACUGCCGUUGAGAAGCUGGACCGUCGUGAGUUCAAGGGUCAGGAAGUCACCUGCACUCAGGACAUCUCCGACCCGCCUCCACCCCCUCCUUUCAAGCCAAGGGCUCCUUACGGAGGCCCUGGUGGUCCUGAUGACAGGGGCCGUGAUAGGUAUCGAUCUCGCUCGCCCAUGGGCCGCCGUGGCGGUGGCUACCCUCCCGCUCCGUAUGAUGAUUACUACGAUCGCCGCGGUCCUCCCCGUGGUUACAGCCCUCGCCGGGAUGACUACCGUCGCCGCACCCCACCGCGCGAAUUCUACGAUAGACGUGAAGGAGGAUAUGGUCGCUCGCCGCCUCGUGGCCGCAUGGCGCCUGAUGAGUAUGGCCCACCGCGUGCGCGCUACCCUGACGAUCCUUACGAUGCCAGGGCCGGCCCACCACCUCGUCGCUACGAUGACCCCUACAUGAACGGAGGUGGUCGUCCUUACGACGGAGGUCGUCCUCCUUCCCCUCGCGGCGUACGCCCUCGUAGCCCGGGAGGCCGCCCACCUUACGAUGCCCCCCCGGCUGGCGGCGACUACCCACCCCGUGGACGCUACUAG